ACAGAAACAGAAAGUAAUUCACCGGGAAGUUUAUCAUACAACAGGCCUGCAGAAGUACUUACUCAUCGUCAGCCCUGCACAAUCUGAGAAGAAUCUAUCACACCAAUUUAUUGUUUCGAGAAAUAGCCAAGAAUUAAGUUUGUUGUCGAGAUAAAUCUACGGAUCACUUGUAAAUUCGUUUGAGGUCAUCAUCUCUUUCUGACAACCAGAAAAGACGACGACAAUGUCCCGUGGUUCUAACGCUGGGUUUGACCGACACAUUACGAUUUUUUCUCCGGACGGCCGUCUCUAUCAAGUCGAGUAUGCCUUCAAAGCCAUCGCCCAGGGUGGCCUGACCUCUGUGGGGAUUAGGGGAACAGACAGUGCUGUGGUGGUCACACAGAAGAAAGUACCAGAUAAACUGCUGGACUCGUCAACCCUAACCAACAUGUACAAGCUGACCCCACGAAUCGGCUGUGUGAUGACCGGACACAACCCGGACAGCCGUUCUCAGGUCCACAGAGGCAGGGUGGAAGCAGCUGAGUGGAAAUACAAGUUUGGCUAUGACAUCACGGCGGACAUGUUGUGUCGGAGGCUGGCGGACAUCUCCCAGGUGUACACCCAGAACGCCGAGAUGAGACCGCUAGGAUGCUGUAUGAUCCUAGUGUCCAUAGACCCGCAGCAGGGUCCAGUUCUGUUCAAGUGUGACCCUGCUGGCUACUUCUGUGGCUUCAAGGCCACCAGCGUGGGGGCCAAGCAGACGGAGGCCAACAGCUACCUGGAGAAGAAGCUGAAGAAGAAGCCUGACCUCACCCACGACAGGACUGUGGAGCUGGGGAUCUCCUGCCUGUCCUCCAUCUUGUCUAUGGACUUCAAGCCCAACGAGCUGGAAGUGGGAGUGGUCACCAGAGACAGCCCCAAUUUCAGGACACUGACAGAGGCUGAGAUUGACACCCACCUGGUGGCCCUAGCAGAGCGGGAGUAAGCAUGCAGUCACGUCACACCACAUUAGUCCCGGUCAGAAACUCAUGUUAGGUUGCACUUGAUUUUACUUUCCCAUUGAAACAAUGUAACCCUGCCCAUUUAGACAAAGGUGGACUUGUCUCACAUACACAUGGCCUCAUCCAUUGUGUGCCAAACACACUGCAUUUCCAUGAAUAAAACACUUUUAAUGAC